AUGCCUGUCGUGCCCUCCCUCAAAGACUCGACAUUCGAUACCGACAUUCGCGACCGCCACCUGCUCUACGACUACGACGCCCAAGACGCGCAGGGAAACCCGCAAAAGUGGCGAUACGAACUGUGGUGCUACAACGAAGACCGCGUUGUCUACGCCAUCCACGGAGGCCCAAUGGCCGGUCGCAAUAACUUCCAAGCAGCCACAUACCAAUGUAUUCGCCCGGGAGAGUUAUGGCAGGUGAACUGGCUUGAAGAGACCGGCACCAUCUGCUCGCUUGUGUUUGACAUUCCCAAUAGCCGCGUUUCAACUCUCAUCGCGUUUUCCAGGGGCCACUGGGACAACAAUGAGCAAGCUCUUGGGGACAAGCGCAACGCUGCAGAUAUGGCCCGGUGGAGGGAGCUGGCCAACAUCGGGUCGCAGGCAGACCGUGUCCUUCUAAGCGAGCAGGCAGAUAUAGUAGAAGAUUUCAAAGGCGCUGGAAACUUGGAACCGAUCCAGAUGGAAUGGCCUACUAUGUGA